GCUGCAACUCGUCUACGACAACAUCGUGGGCUUGGCGACUGCCGGAGUGGUCUCAGUUCUCCCUUCCGCGGAAGAGUUGUUGGAGGGGCUGUCACACCUCCGCUUGACUCUGAAGACGGAGCAGGAACUCUCGGCGUGUCUGUGGGUGCUGGAAGCAGCGCUAGGCAGCGGUUGCUCCUCCUUUCCCAGCUUCGAGGCCUUCCUGUCCAUGGCUGGAGCGGCAGAGCUGGAGACGCUCAGCGAUGCGACUCCUCCGUCCUCGGCCAUUUCGAUGGUCUCUUCGGAUGGCCGGAAGCAUGGAGAGCUCCGGGUGCAGUUGGAAG